GCUCUAACAGUUGUUUGCGAACCGUCAUAAUAUCAAAGAAGUUAACGGAAGUGACCAGUUACCAAGAACAAUUUCCACUUUUGAAUUUGUAUGGGUUAUUUAGAUGUUUAUUAACAUCAUGGAACUCACAAUAUGACUCAUUAAACUAGACAGUAUCACAUACUAACCUCAGGUAGUCUUUAAUUCGCGUUGGAGACGGGACUUGGUUGAUUUAUGUUAUCUAGGUAACGCUAGCAAGCUAGCUGCUAACCUUAGCUAACAAUAAUGGCUAACAGUAAUUGUAUGGUUUUUCACACUCAAAUAGCCUCCGUCAUGGAGGUGCUAGCGAAUGCUGCCGUGGCAGAGAUCUGUAAACUCGUAGACGACGACUAUGCAGUGUUUCGUUUAGAAAUAACUCAAAGCCAGAAAGAAAACCGGGGAUUACGGAGGAAACUACAGCUACUGGAACUGAAGGUGUCACGGGAGCGGGCAGAGAGGACAAUACGAGAGCGCGUCCUCGCCAGUCGUCCCAGUAGUGUAAAAGUCGUCGACCGAUGCAGAAUAGCAAGAGGUGAAGGACAUCUCACUGAUGGCUACAGAAGCAUUGUGAAGCCAGCGGGACACAAUACAUGGAGAGAUGACCAACCAAUCACUGUUGAUGAGGGGAGUGGAACCUCAACCCAGCACAUUAUCAUGAUAGAGUCUGCAGAGGAUGCAGGUCCUGGGGUCAAGCAGGAGAGGACUGGAGGAGAGGAGGACCCACGACACAGCAUUGACAUCCAGACUGGAGCAGCGUCUGGAGUGGCGCCCCCUGUAGCCACAGAGGACCUGUCCGCUGCCACGGUGCCCCAGGCCAAGACACAGCACAGCAUCACGGAGGAGGAGGAGGGUCCAGAGGUGCUGCUGGUGAAGGAGGAGGAGGGUCUGGGGAACCCUGAGGGGACCAUAAUCAUGGAGGACAAUCAGACUACACCUCCUCCUGAACCCACAGAGGAACCAGCUGAGCAUCACAGGACCACACACAGUCUCACUGAGUCAGUAGACAUGGAGGAUGGGAAGCCUGAUCUGCUAAUAGUCAAAGAGGAGACAAUAGAAGAUGGAUCAGAGAGCAUUGACCUGCUGAGUGGACAAAAGAUGGGGGAGCAAGAUGGUUGGCUGGAGGCUAACAGAAGAGACUGGGCGGCCAUUUUGGAAUCCCAGACCCAGAUGGGUGCAGCCAAGGGCCCAGGGGACAACAUCACUGAGCAGGCCAGGACCAGAGGCGAAAUAGUGGAGGUCAGUGGAUGGGACAGCAUCUUCAACUCUGGGCUGGGGAACAACACUGUUAACUACAACCAGAAACAGACAGUCGAACACAAAACAACAACUGAACUUAGUCUCCAUGACAACAGACUGGCUGAGACCAGAGCGGGGCGUAGAUUUGGUCUGCAGGGAUGGGGAUGUGUCGGUUCGCGGCGGGAGAGAAUAGACACAGACUCGGCUAGUGAUGCUCCGUCCUGCUCCUAUAGUUGUGAUUCAGAGAGACUGAUGGCGCCUCAGGUUAACCCCUUAACAGGUGCUGCCUUCAGCAUACCUUCUAUAGGAUCUAUCAACUGGAACAUGGACCCUGCGACAUCACAGACACUCCCUGGCCUUCGUCCUCCUCACACUGACCUAAUGUUAAACCAGACCUCAGACAAUGCCAGUGCCUCAACACUAAAUGGCUACACAAACCCAUUGACAAAUGACAGUAGUAGUAAUGCUAUCAGUAGAUCCGGUGGCAAAGAGAAGCGCUUCCCGUGUUCGUUCUGUGGGAAAGCCUUCAGUUUCCCCAAACAGGUGAAGAUCCACCAGAGGAUGCACACGGGGGAGAAACCGUUCAGCUGCCACCUGUGCAGGGCCAGUUUUUCAGACUCAUCCAACCUGAAGAGGCACCAGAGGGUCCACACAGGGGAGAAACCAUACAGCUGCCCUCAGUGUGAGAAGAGGUUCUCCCACCAGCACCAGCUGAAGAGGCACCUGAUGGUCCACACAGGAGAGAGGCCGUUCUCCUGUAUGCACUGCGGGAAGAGAUUCUCAGAGAGGAGCUACCUCAGAAUACACCAACAGAAAAUGCACACAGCCCAUGUGUAAUGGUGACAUGUAAUGUAGUAUUAGCUAUUUUGUAGUUAAUUCUGUUUUUGAUGUAGUACAGAACUGGAUGAGGUAAAAUGAGGAUGAUGAAAAUGAGUGUGAUGAGGAAGAGUAGAUGAUAUGGUGAUAGUUGGUGUGAUGGUGUCUAUAAAAAUGCUUCACUGAUGAAAAGUGACAACCUUGUCCUGUUUGAUGCCAGUGUUUCAUAAUGAGGCACUGAUAUUGCCUUAAUUCAUGUUUAUUAAUGUAGCAAAGCUGUGUGUAAUGUUGAACCUAUUUCAAGGCGUUCUAAAAUUCAUUUUAUCAAAGUGAGGGUACCUGAUUUACAUAAAGGAUAAAGUGUUACCAUAGGGAUAAAGGUUAUUCUGGUCACAUGUAUCAUUUUAUGCAAUAAAAGUACUGUACUUCACAAUAUUACAAUUUUGUUGAAAUUAAAUACAAAAUUGACUCUG